AUGGGUAACUUCCUUUCUGUUGCACGCAGUUGCAUUCCUUGUGGACAUGUGUACGGCAGGUCAUGUCUAGAGAGGUGGCUCCAUCGUUGCGGCGAUGACAGUGCGAAGUGCCCACAGUGUGGCGAACAAUUUGAACGCAACCUUAUUACCAACCUCUACGCCCCAGGAAAUUUGUGGGAUGGCUGUUGUCGUUUACAGGAAGUGAAAGCACAUUGCGAGUCUGAGCUUCGCGAGGUGGUGGCACGUUCAAUAUCUAUGGUGCAAGAUGUGGAGGCGAGAUCUAAAUCCAGGUACGAUAAACUGAGGGCGGAGUUUCUCGAAAAAUCUGCUAGUAUGGUGGCAGAAAGCGAGAAGAUGCAAGCAGAAUUUCAAGACAAUAUGAGUGCAGAAACAGAGGCUCUCCGAGCUGGCUUGGUGCAGAAGGUGUAUGAGAUGGUGGCAACUUGGAGAGAAGAAAUGGCGACUAACCUGAUGAGAAUGAAGGUGCAGAUGAAGAAGAUGGCUGAAGAAGACAAUGCGACGGCAACAGAUGUGAUAGAAUUCAUGGAGCGGAGUUUCCCUCAACUGUCACUGAUUUCCACCCUGAGUGCAUUUGCUCCGGCACCUGCUCCUGCUCCUGCGCCUGUGGAUUCUGAUAACACAAGGCCAGGCUGCAAUCACCCUGAUGAGCUGCCACUCUCCCUGACACUGCCUGGUCCUGGCGGUGCCGUGAAGAGAAGGCGGGGUUGA